UCUCCGGACAGUGUGAGUCAGGCCGGCGGGGGGGAUGGUGGUGCGGAGCGGGCUGCUGGAAGUGCGGAGCCCGGAGCCGGAGCCCGAGCGCUGGCGGCGGCUCCUCGCCUCCUUGUCCGAGGACUCGCUGCGACUCAGCCCGGCCGGAGCUCCCGCUGGACACGGCCUGAGUAACGGGGAAGCCGAGUCGCCGCCGCUGCCGCUGCCGCCGCCGCCGUCGUCCCAGCCCCAGCCCCAGCCUCAGCCUCAGCCUCAGGCGGACUCGGAGCCCGGCUCCGGCCGCAAGCGGACCGUCCGCAUCGUCAAACAGGAGGCGGGCGGCCUGGGCAUCAGCAUCAAGGGCGGCCGAGAGAACCACAUGCCCAUCCUGAUCUCGAAAAUCUUCCGCGGGCUGGCGGCUGAUCAAAGCGGAGAGCUGUUUGUGGGAGACGCCAUCCUGUCGGUGAACGGCACCGACCUCCGGGAGGCUUCACACGAUCAGGCGGUGCAGGCGCUGAAAAAGACCGGCAAAGAGGUUCUGCUGGAAGUGAAAUACCUGAAGGAAGUGUCGUCAUAUUUCAAGAACACCUCGGUGGGCACGGUCCAGGGAUGGGAUUCCUCAUCGCCUCCCGGGAGUGGGGGAAACUCCCCAGCCACCUUGGGCCCGCCCCCCCAUGGGGACUUGGAGCAGGAGAAGACCAUCCCCCUGAAAAUGUGUUAUGUCCGAAGGAAAGUCAGACCCCCUGACCUAGAAAAGAGGUACAUUGACCUCUCCUCUGCAGAUGGGAAGUCCUCGGUCUCUCUGCGGGUGAAGGACAGUGCCACUGCCCAGUCCUGGUUCAGUGCCCUUCAUGGUAAUGCCAGUGCACUUCUGCCCUUGGUCAAAGCUGAGAUGAGAGCCCUGGCAGGCAACACAGGCAUAGUGGGGAGUAAAGAAAUUAAACACGUGGGCUGGCUGACAGAGCAGGUGUCCAAUGAUGUGGAAAAACCCGUUUUGGCUAUUCUCACGGAGAAGGACUUGCUGCUGUACAGCGGUUUACCACAAACCAGAGAGAGUUUGAACAGCCCCAGCUCCAGGCACCCACUCAUAGCAACCAGGCUGGUUCACUCUGGCCCCGCCAAAGGCUCUCUGUUGGCAGAUAAUUCCGACCUGUCCUUUGUCCUGAGAGCCGGCACCCCACACGGUGUGGAGACUCACCUGUUCUCUGCGGAAAUCCACCUGGACCUGUCCACGUGGACACGGCUGUUGGUUGAUGGCUGUCACAAUGCGGCUGAGCUGAUUCAGGAGGUCGUCACAGCAUGUACCUGGAGUGGGCAGGAUUGCAAACUGGCUGUCCACUUGGAUAAGGGGUUCACCAUUUACCAGGACACCCCCGAGAUUGGCAAACCCAAGAUCCUCCUGAGUCAACCCUUCGAGAAGCUUCGCAUGUCCUCUGACGAUGGUGUCAAAGUGUUGUACCUGGACUUCGGGGGACCUGAGGGGGAGAUUCAACUCAAUCUGCAAUCGUGCCCCAAAACCAUCGUUUUUAUAAUUCACUCAUUCCUCUCGGCGAAGGUGACUCAACUCGGGCUCCUGGCCUGAUGGUGAAGUGUGGAGACGGGGAGCGAGGAGGAGUGGGAGAGAUCCAGAGGAGAGUGGAGAUGGGGAGCGAGGAGGAGUGGGAGAGAUCCAGAGGAGAGUGAGCCGACUGACCAACAGUUUGGAAUGAACACAAAUUAGUACUUUAUUUAAAGUUUUGAUUUUAAUCCGUGCCAGAAGGAUUUUUUCUUUUCAUAUUGCAUAUUAUUAUUUACUAAGUUUCUAUUACUAAACUUUCAUCUCUUCAGUGCCUCCCCACCAUGUUGCUUUGUUAAUUAGAUUCAAGGCACAGUGAGUCUAAGUGGUUCACUUACUGGACUAAUAAUCCAGAGAACAUGAGUUCAAAUCCCACCAUGGCUAAUUUGAGAAUUAAAAAAUACCUGGAAAUGAGAAGCUGGUCUCAAUAACUAAGUGACUGAAGCUGUCAGAUUGUCGUAACCCCUAACUAGUUCACUAAUGCCCUUUAGGGAAGGAAACUUUACAUAACUCCAGUCCAAUGCCAAUGGAUUGACUCCUAACUGCCUCUUGAAGUGACCCUCAUGAGUCCCUCGGUUAUCUCAAAACUGCAACAAAGAUUAACAAGAGCGUCCACAGAAAUCUGCAAACUUAUCAUUGUCCUGUUUCCUGUAACAAAAAACACUGAAAAUCACCAUGCGAAUAACACAUUUCUCUGUAAAUUUCUAAUACUGCAUAGUUACAUUAGGCGUAGAGCAUUUGGAAAUAAUUCUGAAUGCCACUGCCUGCUUCCUUUAUAUAUUACACAUCAGUAAUUACUGUCACUCAGUGCAGGUUUAGCUCAGAGGAAUGAUUAAAUAUCCCUAGUCCCUUUCUGGAGCAGGCCAAAGGGCUUUUUUAUAUCUCUCCGUCCUGUUUCUUGAGAGUGCCCGUCAUCGUGUGAGCAGGUUAUUCUGUCAUGAGUGUUUUGCCCCGAGUCACUAUUCCAUCCCCUCGCACACCUGGACACUCUCACUUCCUGUCUCCUUUAAUCAUGUGUAGACACUAAAAUCCCUUUAACACCAUGUGUGCUUGGAUCUGCUAACUUGAUGUGGGCUGAGGUAGGACCUGGAACUUUCCUUUCAUUCCGUGUCACUGUCUGGUUAUCAUCAGUCUAGACCCCAGUCUGUUGCUGCGGAUUUCCCAGCAUGUCCAGACCCCAGUCUGUUGCUGUGGAUUUCCCAGCAUGUCUAGACCCCAGUCUGUUGCUGUGGAUUUCCCAGCAUGUCCAGACCCCAGUCUGUUGCUGUGGAUUUCCCAGCAUGUCUAGACCCCAGUCUGUUGCUGUGGAUUUCCCAGCAUGUCUAGACCCCAGUCUGUUGCUGUGGAUUUCCCAGCAUGUCUAGACCCCAGUCUGUUGCUGUGGAUUUCCCAGCAUGUCUAGACCCCAGUCUGUUGCUGUGGAUUUCCCAGCGUGUCUAGACCCCAGUCUGUUGCUGUGGAGUUCCCAGCAUGUCUAGACCCCAGUGUUUCUGCCACACAGUUCGGGGAGCCGGUGAUGAUGGUCCGGCCUUUGGCUUUGACUGGCUUCUGAAGCAUCAACUCAUUCUUUGGCUUCAAUAAUUUCCAAAGUUACACUCCAGCCAGAAUAGUUAAGAGUGAGGCCAAGCUGCCCAUAUUGCUCUCCAGUCCUUUGAUCCUUUUUCCAUUUCUUGUGAAAAAUUGUGUACAAUGCCUUUGUUACAGUGCCAAACUAGACUCCUGAAUGUUGAAAGAACCUUUCCUUUUAUAAACGCUCAUUUUUCCUCCCAUCAAACACUGACUUGCAAUAUUAGACUUGAUGCCUCGGUGAUAAUCUUUUGAUGUUAUGAAACUAUUUCUCCCCCACAUCAGCCUCUGAUCUGAACAUGGAGCUACCCUGGCCUAGCAGGUCAUCGGGAAGCCUCCCGUUAGUUUGCCGUCUUUCCAGAGUUACCCAGGAAUCUCUAGAAGAGUCUAACUAGGAGGGAUCAGACUGUAGUCGGGGAUCGUGCCUGAUUCUGUAUUUCAGUUUUCACACGAUUAUGAACUUCUUCAUUCGUUUAAAAUUGCCAAUGAACUCGAUUUACUUCAAGAAAGUUAUUUUAACCAGUGAACGGAGAGACUUGUUGCACUUUGUCUCUCUCUCUCCUCCUCUCUUUGUCUCUCUCUCUCUCCUCCACUCUUUGUCUCUCUCUCCCUCUUCCCCUCUUUCUCCGCCCUCCUCCCCUUUCUCCGCCCUCCUCCCCUCUUCCU